AUGGCCACAGUACCAGUAGCAACAUUCCCCACCAACUGGAACCUCGCCGCCCUCAAAGCAAAACAUCUCCCUUACCGCUUCGAGUCCUUUUACGAUGGUGUGAUGUACUACUCCCAGGCUGAGUGGCUUCGAUGGGUCGUUAUCGGGGCGACUUUGGGGUUGAUUGGGUUGAUCUUUUGGAUCUUCGUUGCCAACAAGCUGAUCUCGAGGGCGUGGCAGAGAAAGGCUCACCGGAUCUCCCACCUCGUCAGCCUUUUUCUCAUGCUGCCCAUUGCCAUCGGACUCGGCCUUCUCAUGGCAGCGUUUCAUCGCCUCAACAGACACCGCUUCUACUGCCAGUGCCCCCACCCAUCAGCUGCCAGCGUCAAGCGGAAAUGGCACCUCUACCUCCUGUUGACCCUUCUCUUCGGUCUCCUCCCACUUGUCCUCGCCCUGGGUAGCCUCUUGCACCGUCUCAUCCGCCCAAAGAAAGACGCUCUGGUCUCGAAGGAAGAACAAGUCGUCGUCCAGACCACUGGUCCGGAUGGAAUGCAGACUGAGGAGGUUGUUCAACAACAGCCGGCGCAUUCUGCUUUGGAUGGAGCCUUCGAUGACGUCGAGUUGGGACCGGUGGAUCGAAUGAAUGCACAUCGUGCGAGUGUUCCCAGCUACAGCUUCCUGGACCCGAUGCCUGUGGCAGAGUAG